AUGCCCCAAGCGGGUGCAUCGAAAUGGACGACGCCGACUUCGCCGCGUGGAAGAGAUUCCACGAGAGAAGGGAGGUCUGGACCUUCCUCACGAGGGGCGCGUGGUUCAUCGCGUUUCUCGCCAUGACCAUCUGCUUUGGGGUCGAGCUCACUCGGACCGGGUUCGUGCUCGUAGCCUUCCUCGUCCUGGGGCCUUUCACCGUCCUCCAUAUUCCAUUCUACGUCGACAGUUUCGAUCGGCGCUACCGGGAGCCAAGGUGUCGCGCAGCGGGUGUGAAUCCUCAACUUUACAUGCUCCCAAACGUCCCGUACCUCCUCGUGGAAAAGGGGACCGUCCUGAACACGGGCCGGACCUGGCACGUGGAGACGCCAGAGUAUGCCACCUACUGUGAGCCCUGGGCCAAGAGGAUCAAUUGUCGCGUGGACCGGGAUGCCCUGGACGUGCUACGAGGGAAGUCCUGGCACUUGAAGACGAUCGUGCCGAACCCGUUUCAGGGGAACCCUCCCUUCGUCCUCAAGCUAUGCUCUAGGACCACUUUGUCUUCCCUCGAUACAGCCGAGAUCUUCCUCACGGACUCCUCAAGAUUUCUCCAAUCCUACAACAACCCUACACUCAUGACAGACGCGCCUCCUCCCUAUCCCGGAGCAGACACAGAUUCAAGCAUUGUUUCAAGCACGGAACCAAGCACGAGCCCAUGCAUCGGUCCAAGCAUGGGCCAGGUUAUGCCCACCAUAUCAUCAAGUGUGCAAUACCAGGAGGAAUCUAUCAGGAAUCCCACGUUUCAGUUCAACCUCCCCAUCACAUUCCAGUCUGAACUUCCUCCGACUUACGAUGAGGCUGUGAAGGUCCGCCCGCACAAUUGAACGAGACAGUGGAAAAAUAUUAAGUGGAAUUAAUUGUUCCAUUGGUAUUGCUUGACUAUUGCCGAGAUCGCCUGUGUCGGUCUGAUCAUGCUUUUUUUUUCCAACAUCGAGCCAUUGAUGAUGAUUUUUUCUUCUCGAG